AUGUUCUAUAGUCAUGAAAUACUUACUUCUCCUGAGUAUGGUGUCGCUACAAUAUGGCUAGUCGCAACUCUGGGCUCGAAGUCUGUCACCAGACGCCUAAACAGAAAGACUAUACUGGAUGUCGACGUCCCAAAGGCAUGCGGCGCCAUCAUCGAUCCGGGUGCGCCAAUGGCGCUGAGGCUCCAGGGGAAUUUACUAUAUGGAGUCUCGAGGGUGUACAGUCACCAAUGUGGGUAUACGCUCAUGGAUGUCCAAGCCAUGCACGACAAAAUGAGAACGAUGCUGAGGGCUCUACCGGGAGGCGGCCUGGAUCCAUCUGCCGGAAAAGCUAGGCCCGAGCAGCUCAUCUUGCCAUACGAUCCCUCUUUUCUCCCUGAUAGUCUACCCGGUCUUAUCAUGGAUCUCUCGAAAUUCACUGCGUUGACUGAGGUUGAUCGGAACGCUCCAACGUAUUUUCCUUGGGCAAAAACCACCGAUCUCAGCCAGUCAGUCAUCUCGCAAGCUGCGAGUUUGCAUUUGAGUCUGUCUUCCGAUGAUGGCUACGCCGUAGGCUUGGGGGGUUUCGCCUCGGACACUGAUAUGGCUGCGUAUGGUACAAAAAGCCUCGCUUCUGAGAGCAUCAGACCUCUUCCGCUUGACGAUGAGGCAGGCGUGAUUCUCCAGGCCGACUUUGAGUUCGACGAGGACGGAAACAUUGUCGAGCUGGGAGGAACUCCUCAGGUUGAGGCAAGAGUACAGAAUAUUGCUCACAGUCACCACGGACAGGCGAAUGAACUUGGGACUCAUGCUGAAGAUGAUAUAGUCAUGGACGAUCAGCUGAACAUGAUCGAGCACGGACCCGAAACAGGCGAAAGACAUGAGCAAACCUCACGUACUGCUGGCCAUUUGCCGUCCAGACCGACCCCCUUUCCCAACCUCUUAGAGGAUGAGCAGGCCGUUCCGGAAGCAAAUGAAGCGUCGAUGGCUCAGAGACAAAGAGUGCCGAAGGUGAUACUCGCGGAUGAUCAGAUCGGGCUUAGAAACAGUGAGCUAGCUCAUUUGAAUCAUAAUUAUGUGGAUCUUAUGGCAGUAGCCUCAAAACAAAAACGGAAGAACAAGAUCCCCACACUUUCGAAAAAGAACGGUGCUUUCUGGGUAUAUGGUCAAGGGAUUGGCUCUGUCGGAAACGGAAUAGGCAAGUCUCACGUCACGCAUCCAUUACACGUCUUUUCAGGCGAGCAGCUUUACAAUACUCUCACAGCUACUGCUGAUAGUCUGAGUCCUAAACGGGUCCACGACUCGAUAGAAGAUGAGGAGCAGGAGCAUAUCGGAAGGCGCGUGCGGGCAAGGACCGAUGACGAGCCAGCAGGUCAGAUGGAAUAUCCCAAUGAUAAUGCUCUUUGGAAUGAGGAUGUCGAGGUUGGCCGCCAUGCAGCAUCAGCACUUCAGGAUGAUAGUUCCUUCCAAAUGCCUUGGAACGUUACAACUUCUAUACACAGCUCUCGGCAGGGAUCCACUACUCGUAACAUUUUCCCUGGCAUUGGGAGCGUUAGUGAUUUCUCAUCUCACGGCUUUUCUGACAUGGGUCUCUUGAGAGCGCGAAGCCGCCUCACAAGCUCGAGUCCUCUUGCCGGGCGUGGUUUUCCAUUCGACGUCGAAGCACUUGACAACUUACUUAUCCCUGGUCACGAGCUGGACGAUGCGAACAUGUUUGAGGAUUUCGAUGUCUCUCAAUACCUACACACGGAGAUAGAUGCAGAUCAUGAUGGAGUCCCUCGUGACAACACAGUUGCGCCCGUUGUGGGCGAAUCCGGGCAUGCUUCUGCUAGCCUUCGAACCCAUGGGGACGACUCGCAGAGGUCCACCCUGGACCAGGAAAGCUUGAACUUCCUCGACUUCCUCACCGCAAAGAUCGAGGCGUGGCCUUAUGCAACUGAGAUCAAUGGCCAGGGACAGGUGCGUCCAUCUUCACUUGAGCAUAGUGCUAUUAAGAGGAUGCACUUCUCAACGCUUCUGCCCCCCGCCAAGACAUCCCGGAUCGUGGCUACACAGGGCCUGAUGCACAUACUCGCUCUGGCCACCAAGAGCCUUCUCACGGUCAGUCAAGAUGAGCCACAGUACAUAGGAGGUGAGGAGUAUGGCGAACUCUACCUGUACGGCGAGAUCUAUCUCAGUUUGCCCAACGAGUGA